AUGGGAGGUAUACUUAAAAACCCGCUAGCCUUAUCGCCGGAGCAGCUGGCGCAACAGGAUCCAGAAACGCUUGAAGAGUUUAGAAGACAAGUUUACGAAAAUACGCAGAAAAAUGCCAAAUUGACAUCACAUAAAAGGAAUAUACCGGGACUAGAUAAUACAAAAGAGGAGGGGGAGAUAAUUGGAACAUCGAGUACCUUCCUUCCAAAGGACACACUGUCACUGAAACAUGAGCAAGACAUGUUGGCCAAGAUGACACCAGAAGAGCGAGUUCAAUGGAACCAAAGAAAUUUAGCAGAAAAUGAAAUAACAAAAAAGCAGUUCCAAGAUAUUCACAUAGACGAGCCCAAGACCCCCUACCAAGGUGCUGUGGACCCUCACGGGGAAUACUACAGAGUAGAUGAUGAUGAAGAUGAGGAUAAUAGUGAUAAAAAACCAUGCCAGGUGGCAAACGAUGACAUCGACGAUUUGUCCCUGGGCGAACCGGAAUUUGAAAUCAAAGAGAACAAACAACCGGAUUUUGAGACCAACGACGAGAAUGAUGAAGACUCACCGGAGGCUAGACAUAAGAAAUUUGAAGAAAUGAGAAAGAAGCAUUACGACGUAAGGGCAAUUUUCAACAAAAAGUCCCGUGAAGCGCUAAAGGACGAAGACGAAGACGAAGAUGAUAGUACGACAAAAGAACCAUGA